GGAAUCGAAACCCUACAUUCCUUUGAAUUCGAAUCUGCAAGUAGAAUCAGAAGCUGAUCCACUGCGAUUUUCGCGUCGAUAGUUCAGCCAAUGUCGCCUCCAGAAAGGAAGAGGAAGAAGACGAAGCAGUCACUGGUGCUCGGUCCGACGCCGGAAUCGACUCCAAUUACGUCACUUCCUGAUGAUUUGGUAGUGAGUUGCUUAGCCCGCGUCACUCGAUUGCAAUACCCAACUCUCUCGCUCGUCUCCAAGAGCUUUAGAUCCCUCCUUGCUUCGCCGGAGCUUUACAAGACCCGGUCCUCUUUAGGCCACACCGAGAGCUGUCUCUAUGUGUGUCUAAGCUUCCCUACUUAUCCUAUCCCCCGCUGGUUCACCCUCUGCCAGAAACCUGAUCGAACCCAAACCACCAACGACACCAUGAAGUUGAAGCCAAGUGGGUAUGUUUUAGCUAAACUCUCAUCUCCCCAGUCACGCUCUGCGCACUGUUCGGGUCUCGUGACUCUUGGUUCAGAUAUUUACAACAUUGGCGGACCCGUAGACGAGGAGGAGCCCUCGUCUAGCGUCUCAAUCCUUGACUGUCGAUCCCACACAUGGCGCCAAGGUCCAAGCUUGCUGGUGAAGCGGAAGCAUCCAUUCGCCAGUGUACUUGAUGGGAAGAUAUACGUAGCCGGACACUCUAACUCUAGUUUCUCUGACUGGAUGGAGGUUUUCGACCCGAAAACACAAACUUGGGAGCUUGUGUCUAGCCCUCCUGCCGAGAUACGACUCCAAUAUGAUCAUAUAAGUGCAAGCGCAGGGAUCGACGGAAAGGUACACAUUUUCCGAUCCUGUAAGGGUUUGGCUUACGAUACGAGGGAAGGUCGAUGGGAAAGUGUGGGGACGGAGAUGAGUUCGGGUUGGCUAUGGCUUCCUUACUGCGUGGUUGAGAACGUGCUUUACUAUUAUAACGAGCGGGAAGAGAUCAAAUGGUAUGACACUAAGGGAAGACGCUGGAGAGUUUUGAAGGGUGUGAAAGGACUGCCUAAGAUCUCACUUUAUACUGCUACAUUGGCGGAUUAUGGUCGGAAGAUGGCUGUUUUGUGGGAUAUGGAUGUGGCUUCCACUGGUGAUAAGAUGAUUUGGUGCACUGUGAUUGCGCUCGAAAGGCGCAACGAUGAAGAGAUUUGGGGCAAGGUCGAGUGGAAGGAAGCAGUGCUUAAAGUCCCCUUUUCAUGUACAAUUAAACAUGCUCUUGCUGCUACUGUUUGAUGACUUUAUGGGACCGACUUUGAUUGUGAUGAAUCUUUAGUAAUAUCAUUUUGUUGUAUAAUUAUGGCUCUUGUUAGCUGAAUGCCGUAGGCAUCAGUUCACUUUGUGUAAACCUUUUUGACGGCUUAGCUUAUUCUGUGACCACCUAUGAAAUGCCUGGUUUUGUUGAAUGUAAUUUUCACAGGAAAAGAAGUGAAAAAUGCAUCAUUUGAUUGGA